CGAAGCCGGAGUUGGACUUGAUGAAGGAGAUCGCGGGAAAGGUCUGCACCCUGCCGGCUAUGUCUGAGGAGGUGUCCACCUACCUGCAGAAGGUCACCUACGCCAUGAACAAGGCCAACUGCUACGAUUUGGCCUCCUGGACCACCACCCUCGCUCCCUUCGUCACCGACGCCAAGGCCGUCGAGAGCAUCAUGAACGAGUUGGCGCGAACGCUGAUGAAGAGGAAGAGUUGUUUCAGCGAGCAGACUUGUUCUUUCAGCAUACUGGGGACUAGCGAGCGGACUUGUUCCUGCAACAUACAACUGCGAUACCCCUCGCUGGAUACAUCACAAUAGUGGGUCUACCUCUACGCCUCGCUGGAUAGUGUGUCUACGUCUGCUCGAACAUGACAAUCUGUACUGAUACGUAGCCCUAGUCCUACUUCCACCGCCACCUGUCGUAGUGACUGACAGUUUUUCACUCUUCCAAGUCGUCCAUGAAAAACAAUACAACAUUCUUGGUGCGCUUUGGAGUAAUUAUUUAAAAAUAGUUUUUGGAAUUGGAUUUGGAUCCAGGUCCACUACUUAACAGCACAAGGCAUUUUAGUGUUCUUGAUCCAUAAGCGUUGAUUAUAUUCUGGUAUUGAACUCUUUUAGAGCCUUCUCGUAUAAUAUUUGCGAGCCUGCUAUUGAACAACUCUUUUAGAAGAACUUAUAAAACUUUAGAUCUUCACCAGAGGAGAACACCAGCGGAAACUCCGUCCUCCUCUGAUGUGUAUCUCUUGCUCACGAUCAUUUUUAUGUUUCCCACGUAGGUGCUCCUUCUUGUUCUCCUUCCUCUCAACUACACCUGAACGAAGCGCAGCACACGAUUAUUUCAUGAUAGUCGGGCAAAAACACUGUUCUUACAAAACACGAACAUGUCUUCAUAUCCGGACUCUUUAUGGGAACAAGGUAUAACGCGUCAGAAUGUAGAAAUAUGAGAUAGGGUAUUGCUCCGC